GAUAUUUAGCAUAAAGUCAUUCCCCCCGCUGUAUGGGGUUCAGGCUUUCACUCUUCGACUGCCUUCAUGUCUGACAACAUUGAAAGAAGGAAACUGUCACUUUUUUACUUUACAGCCGGAGGAACUUCAUGUCAGCAGCAUCUCAUUCGGACAAUCAUUAACCUAUACAUCAAGCUUGCCUUUUCGGGGGAUUAAUUUAACCAGACCAGACCAGGAUUUCAUGUCGCAGUUGGAAAUGAGAACUUGUACUCAACUGGCCUACCUGGUUAAAUAAAGAGCCUGGAGGCCGGGGUUAUGGAUUUUAACCUUCUGACGGACAGUGAAGCCCGUAGCCCGGCGCUAUCGCUCUCGGACUCCGGGACCCCACAACAUGAUCAGGGAUGCAAAGGCCAAGACAACAGCGACACAGAGAAGUCCCACCAGAACCAAACAGAUGAGUCGAACGCAGAGGACGGCUCUCUGAAGAAGAAGCAGCGCAGGCAGAGGACCCACUUCACCAGCCAGCAGCUCCAGGAGCUGGAGGCCACCUUUCAGAGGAACCGCUACCCCGACAUGAGCACACGGGAGGAGAUCGCCGUGUGGACCAACCUCACAGAGGCACGGGUUAGGGUAUGGUUUAAAAAUCGCCGUGCCAAGUGGAGGAAGAGGGAGAGGAACCAGCAGGCUGAGCUGUGUAAAAACGGCUUUGGUGCCCAGUUCAAUGGAUUAAUGCAGCCCUAUGACGACAUGUACUCUGGCUACACUUACAACAACUGGGCCACCAAGAGUCUGGCCAGCAGCCCACUGUCAGCCAAGAGCUUCCCCUUCUUCAACUCCAUGAAUGUAAGCCCCCUGUCAUCCCAGCCCAUGUUCUCCCCCUCCAGCUCCAUCCCCUCCAUGAACAUGGCCUCCUCCAUGGUGCCCUCGGCAGUGGCUGGGGUGGCCGGCUCGGGCCUCAACAACCUGGGCAACCUCAACAAUCUCAAUAGCCCCACGCUGAACUCGGUCGCAGUCACCGCCAGCACCUGCCCCUACGCCACCACCGCCAGCCCUUACAUGUACAGAGACACCUGCAACUCCAGCCUGGCCAGCCUCCGGCUCAAGGCCAAGCAGCAUGCCAACUUCGCCUACCCGACCGUGCAAAACACCGUGUCAAACCUAAGCCCUUGCCAGUACGCAGUGGACCGGCCGGUAUGAAUGACACCCACACCCACCCAGCCUGCCCUUUACCCCCCAACCACCCCUCUCAGACCCACUGACCCCCAUCUUCUUCCUGGUCCCUGCCAGGCUCCAUCAGUAAAUCAGAGUUAACUGCACACAUCACCAUUACACUCUUAGAAAAAUGGUUCCAAAAUGGUUCUUCGGCUGUCCCCAUAGGAUAACCGUUUUCUGUUCCAGGUAGAACCCUUUUGGGUUCCAUGUAGAACCCUCUGUGGAAAGGGUUUUACAUGGGACCCAAUAGGGUUCUACUUGGAACCAAAAAGGGUUCUUCAAAGGGUUCUACUAUGGGGACAACCAAAGAACCCUUUUAGGUUCGAUGUUUUUCUAAGAGUGUACAUGGACUGGUUAAGAAAAUGUUGUUUGUCUAACUGAUGGUACACAACAGGAAUAAUCUUCAACAGUUGGAACAAAUCCCCUGAUGGACCACCACGCUUCAAAGAACUCUCUCAAAUACGGUGAGACUUUGUUGCUGAACCGACCAACUGUUAAAAAGGAUUUCUAAAUUUAAUCUGAGAUCAUUUUUUGGGACUGCAUGACUAGAGUGGAUUUGAAAUGAAGAAAACUUGGAUGCUCCAACUGCACUGGUGGUCAAACAUGAAAUCAUUGUGACGCUUGCCACCAUCACGGGAAAGGGACCUGUGGUUGCAAUAUGGGAUAGAGGAUGUAUAUAAUGGACUUGUUUUGUUUUGUAUGUGACAAAACUAUCUAUGAAACGUAGAACUUUGGAGAUGAGAAAAGCAUGUUCUUCAAGAGCAGACCCUAGAUUGAUGUACUAUGAGUACCUCCUUUAGGAAUUUUAAUCUUUGUUAUGAAUUCCACUCACCUCAGAAGGUCAGGUGUCAAAGGUCAAAUCAGAAACAAGAGAGGAGCUAGCAGAAUGUAGCCUCAGAGAGUAAAAAUAACCGGGAGCGGAGACAAAACAACAAUUUACACAUCUGUCAGAGAACCAAUAUCAGAAACUUUUUAAAGAAAAGCCUAAAAAAGCCAUUGAAUAUAUAAGUUUGUGUGGUGUUAUAAAAAGGGAGUCCAUGACUGUAAAAAUGUAUGUAAGAGUGCAGUUAUAAAACAAGCUUUUUCCUGGUGUAGCCUGCUUUGUCUCAUUAACAUAAUAAAAAUGAUCUGUUUUUAUGAACAACC